UUGCCUUAACAAGAUGUUGUUCUCGCUUUUAAUUUUAAUUUCUUGCGCAGUUCCCGUGCUUCUCUUCUGGAUCAACCGAAAAUGGGCGGAAGAAGAUGCCCGGGUUAAUCUUCCAGGUCCAAAAGCUUAUCCAAUUAUCGGGAGUCUUCCCGAAAUGUGGAGUGGCAUUAAAAACCAAAAACUGUUCAUGAAAAUUCUGGAAUGUGCUGAAAAAUAUGGCGACACUUUUCGUAUCAGACUCGGACCAAAACUGUUGAUUUUCACGCGCGACUUGAAAAUUAUCGAAAAAAUCGCGAGUGAUCCAAAAAUGAUAAAAGGUCACGAAUAUAAGUCACUUGUUCCGAUGAUGGGAAAUGGCUUGCUCAUUUCCGGCGGUGAACGUUGGUUCAAAUUACGUCGAUUAAUCACGCCGGCUUUUCAUUUUCAAAUUUUGGAACGAUUUUUGCCGAUUUACGAGGAGCAAGCGGAUGUUUUGAUUUCAAAAUUUAACAAAAAUUUGGGAAAAGUUAUUGAUGUUGUGCCAAUGUUGCACAAUAUGGCAUUGGAUAUCAUCGCAGAAACAGCCAUGGGGGUAAAAUUGAGCUCUCAAUCGGGCAAGCAUCAGGAGUUUGUGGAUGCCAAUGAAGAAAUGUUGCACAUUUUUACGACACGAAUGAAUAACGGAUUUUUAACAAAUGAAUUCAUUUUUCGACUCACACCUUAUUAUCAAGCACAAACACGUGCGAUGAAGGUCAUCAAUGCACUUGUCGAUGAUAUGAUCGAAAAGCGUCGUGAUGAAUUGAUAAAUGAAUCUAAAGACAAAAAUGUUGAAAAUGACUUUGAGACCAAGAAACGUCCUACUUUGAUCGAAAUUUUGCUGCAAUCCAACAUGGAUGGAAAACCUUUGACCAAUGAUGACAUCCGGAAUGAAGUGAAAACUUUCAUGUUAGCUGGUCACGAAACCACCUCAAAUGCCCUUGGCUUUUUCUUUUACAACGUAGCAAAAUACCCGGAAAUUCAAGUAAAAGUCCUCGACGAGAUUAAGUCCUUGUAUGACCCUAAAGAACCGUUGACAACAAAGAUAUUGAACUCUUUUACGUAUCUUGACUGCGUUAUCAAAGAGUCCUUGAGAAUGUUUCCCGCUGGUACAAUGCUACCGAAACGUUGUCUGGAUGACGUUCGUAUUGGUGAUGUACUGAUACCGGCAGAUACGACGAUAAUGACGCUUAUUUACGCAUCGCACAUGAACGAAAAGAAUUUCGGGGACAGCAAGAAAUUUAAUCCAGAACGAUGGAUGGAGGAAGUGUCCAAUGAGGAGAGAAAUCCUUUUGCUUACCAACCAUUCUCUUCUGGUUUACGGAACUGUAUCGGCCAGAGAUUCGCAUUGUUGGAAAUCAAAACCGUUAUUAUCAAGGUUUUGACCCAAUUUCAUCUAGACUUGGCGUCACCCGAUUUCACUGUUGACGUAAUCGAAAGUGGCUCCAUGAAGUCUCGAAAUGGCGUUCAGCUAAAAAUGAGUCCGCGAAAGUCGAUGUUUGUUCUUUACGCGAUUUUAGUGUUACUCCCGUUAUUUUUGUACUAUUUGCAUCAUAAAACAUUAGAAAAUGAUGCCAAAGUUGGAGUUUCGGGUCCAAAAGGCUUGCCUCUCGUUGGAUCUAUUGUCGAACUUCAUCCUUAUGCCAAAAAACAGCAAAUUUUCAAAAAAAUGCACGAAUAUCACGAAACCCAUGGCGAUACAUUCCAAGUCAGAUUAGGUCCAGUCAAGAUGAUUUUCUCAAGAGACCCAAAAAUCACAGAAGCAUUAGUAAACGAUCCAAAAAUGGGAAAAGGAAACGAAUAUAACAUGUUAAAACCGUGGCUCGGAGAUAGUUUGGUAAUUUCUGAUGGCGAAAAAUGGCACAGAAUGCGAAAAUUAUGCACGCCAGCGUUUCAUUUUCAAAUUCUAGAGAGAUUUAUUCCGAUCUACGAGGAACAAACGGACAUUUUGAUCGACAAUAUUAGAAAAAAUAUUGGAAAAGUUAUCGAUAUUUUCCCAAAAAUGCAUUCUUUGACCUUAGAUAUCAUCUCGGAGACCUCAAUGGGUGCCAAAUUAAACGCUCAGUCAGAUCCGCAUCAUCCGUACAUUGUCGCUAACGAGAUAGUUGCUUACAUUCUCGAUAAACGUAUGUUCAAUGGAUUUUUGGGAGUUGAGUGGAUUUUUAGACUUACACCUUAUUACAAAACGCACAAUGAAAAUAUUGCUAAAAUUAACGAAUUCAUUGACAAAGUCAUUCAGGCAAGACAUGAAAAGUUGUUGAAAGAGACCCAAAAUGCUCGACAAGGCGAAGAAACGGAAACAAAAAAACGUCCUGCUUUGUUAGAUAUUUUGCUGCAAGCCAAGGUCAAUGGAGAGCCACUCACCAACGAAGAAAUUCAAGCCGAAGUAAAAACUUUUAUGUUUGCUGGACACGAAACAACUGCAAAUUCUGUUGCUUUUACGCUCUACUUACUCGCGAAACAUCCAGAAAUCCAAGAAAAAGUUUACGACGAAAUUCGAUCAAAAUCGCUUGAUGUCAAAAGUGAACCUUUGACUUCGAGGGACCUUAAUUCCCUUUCCUACUUGGAUAAUGUGUGCAAAGAAUCACUUCGUCUCUUCCCUCCGGCAUCGGUGGUCAUCAAAAAGUGCAAUGCUGAUGUUCGUAUCGGAAAUUUAUUGAUUCCGAAAAAUACGAGCAUCUCUACGAACAUUUACAGCGCCCAUCGUAAUGCAAAAUAUUUCAAAAACCCCGAGAAAUUUGAUCCGGAUCGUUUUAAUGUUGAGUUGACAGCCGAUGAGCGGAAUCCGUAUGCUUAUCAACCGUUCUCGAGUGGCUUGCGGAACUGCAUUGGACAGAAAUUUGCGAAUUUGGAGAUGAAAACGAUCAUUUCGAAGCUCGUUUCAGCUUUUCAAUUUGAGCUUGAGGAUAAAGAUUUUGAACCUGAUGUCAUUCAAAUGGGAACUCUUCGAAGCAAAAACGGGAUUCCGCUGAAAUUUAUGGAACGAAAUUAAUUUGUUGUUUAUCUAUUGUUACAUAAUAAUCGGUCUAUGAUUAAAAUUAUCGUGUAAUGAAGAUAAUGUUAUAAAAUUAUU